AUGCCAAAAUUCCAGGAUAUACCAGCUGAGCUGCGUAACUUUGUUUACAGUCAGCUACUCGAAGGACGCGAUUCUCGGCAGCAGGUCCACAAAAGUUUCGGAUUGUUCACCGUUUCGAAGCAAAUCCACGAUGAGUCCACCUCAUACUUCUACCAACACAACGCCAUGGUCGUCGAUGUUUUAUCACCCGCCACCGAUAGCGCGACUAUUCUGCCCCCGAUCGCCGACAAACACCUCCGGUACCUUCGCUGGCUGUCUGUAUAUGCGACAACUGCAGAGGCCCAUUCGCCACGACAGCAAAAGGUAGCUAGCACCAUCGCAUCGCUAGCUGUCAUUGGUGCAGAAUUCAAACACCUUCACAUCUGCCUCCAAUCGUCGCUCUCAAAACUCCUCAACUCUCGAGUCGACGAUGCCGUCUUCCACUACGACCAUCCCAUCACGGUUGCUCUACGACAGCUACUUGAAUCAGAUGUCGCCCGCAUUGUCAGCCUUGAACUGUGUAGCACUUGGUUCGCACCGUAUGUCGCUCAGCAACUCCACGCUCAAUACGGCACUCGACUCCGAUUUGUCUCCGCUAGCAAGCAAGCAGUGGACCCAUGCACCCUGGAACGGCCCCUAACUGGUACAUAUGUAAGCACACAUCUGACCGGGCUAGAUCUCGAUGAUGAGGCUGUUGCAGACGCGCGCUGUCCUGAUAUUAUCUCUGCUUCUUCCACCUUUUCAGCCCCUUCAUCCCUGGUAGGUUCUCACAGCUCAGCGUUUGCAGACUUGGAUGCGUUCUCUGCUAUUGCUUUUGGGCUCGGUGAAGGUGAACUAGUGGAUGACGAUGAACCAGACCAGACGUCGCAGCACGAAGAAGAGACGUUCUUCUCCACGUCCGACAUCGAGGAGUGGGAGUAUUCCACACAAGAGCAGGAUCAAGAUGGGCUCGAUGAAUAUGAAGAUAUGGAUCUUGACGACAAUAGCAAUGAUGACGACGACGAAAUGGAGGAAAUACCAGAGGAGGAAAUGGACGCAAUCAUGGGCAACAUGGAGGAUACUGCUAACCACAUUGCAAAUGAUGCUGACAUGUCAUAUAUGAUCAACUUCGCGCCGGAGUUGCUGUUGACGCGGCAUGAUCUUGGCCAUUUGGUCUAG